AUUCGUUUGUCCAUUUACGAUCGUUUUUUUAAUUCACUCGAUGAGAAUACGAUACCAAAUACGGCAUCGUUUAAAUCAUUUUACAUCUUUACCCCCUGAGUUUCAUAACCUAGAACCUUCUCCAUCUUCGCGACCACGGUCUGGUCAGAAUCAGCUUUUCCCCUUCUCCAUAGAUCCGCUUGUGACCAUCUUCCUCUCCAAUCAAACUUACUGUAUCGCCGACGGUUCCAUCUCUUUCUCCAGCUUCUUCGUGUUAAAUCGCCGGCACCGCCGUCGAAUUUCAUCACCGCGGCGCCGCGUUAACCGUCUUUAGAUCGCGAAGGUCUUUAGCUAUUUUGACUUCGAACCAUGGAAUCACCGGAUAUUCGUGGCGGCGACUGUUCCGAUGCAGCGACGUUCGAGACGGCGGAGAAGAUAAUACUCCGGUGGGAUUCAACAACCUCCGAAGAAGCGAAAGAGAAUCUGAUCUUCCAAAGCGAUCGCGAGGAAGUAGAUCGGUACUUGCAAGCCGUCGACGAAGUCCAGAGACUCGUCUCUUCCGUCUCAAUCUCCGAUAACCACCACCACGAAGUCAAAGCUAGGUCAACGAUACAAAUCGCCAUGGCGAGGCUCGAAGACGAGCUUAGAAACAUCCUCCUCUCGCAGACAUCCACCUUCGAGCCUGACUCUCUCCUCCUCGAUUCGUCAGCUUCCUGUUUCGCCUCCCGCGCUAAUCUUGAAGAUACGGAAACAGUUACUGAUGACGGUGACGGUAACGGCGAGGGUGAAGGUGAGGGAGGAGAGGAACAACAGGAGGAAAUGAAUCUGGUUCUAACCGACGGUUCAGAUUCAAAUUCCGGUUCAGGUGCUGGUUCGAGUCGGUUAUCGAGGAGUAGGAGAAGCAGUUGCAAAUCAACAAGCAGUAUACGCGAGAUCGAUCUCGUCUCAUCGGAAGCUGUUUCCGAUCUGAGAUCGAUCGUUCAGCGUAUGAUCGGCGCUGGAUAUUCCCGUGAAUGUCUCCAGGUAUACGGAAACGUACGCAAAUCCGCCAUGGAGACGAUCUUCAAGCAGCUAGGGAUCGUGAAGCUAGGGAUCGGAGAUGUUCAACGGCUUGAUUGGGAGGUUGUUGAGGUAAAGAUCAGGAGAUGGAUACGUGCUGCGAAAGUCUGCGUUAGGGUUGUGUUCGCAAGCGAGAAGCGUCUCUGUGAGCAGAUAUUCGACGGCCUUGGGGAGAUGGAAGAGACUUGUUUUAUGGAGAUAGUGAAAUCCUCUGCUUUGCAGCUUUUCACUUUCCCUGAAGCUAUAAGCAUUAGCAGAAGAUCGCCCGAGAAGCUUUUCAAGAUUCUUGAUUUACACGAUGCUUUGGCUGAUUUGUUGCCGGAUAUGGAAGAGAUUUUCAGCUCCGGUUUAUCGGAGUCGAUUCUUGUUCAAGCAACUGAGAUUCAGUCAAGAUUAGCUGAAGCAGCUAGAGGGACUCUCGUGGAGUUUGAGAACGCGAUUUUUCGUGAACCUUCGGUGGUUCCUGUCCCUGGUGGGACUAUACAUCCUUUGACAAGGUAUGUGAUGAACUAUCUGAACUUGAUUGCAGAUUAUAAGCAGACUCUGGUCGAACUCAUCAUGUCGCAGCCCUGCGCGGGUUUGAAGUGUACUAAUGAUCCAGUUAAGCCAGAUAUGGAUCUUAGUGAGCUUCAAGGAAGAACACCGUUAGCUUUGCAUUGUAUAUGGACUAUGGUGAUGCUUCAGUUCAAUCUAGAAGGGAAGUCUUUGCAUUACAAAGACGAAGCUUUAUCACAUAUAUUCAUCAUGAACAAUGUCCAUUACAUAGUUCAGAAGGUGAAAAGCUCACCGGAGCUGAGAGAGAUUAUAGGAGACCUUUAUUUAAGAAGGCUUACGGGGAUAUUCAGACACGCAGCGACUAAGUAUCAGAGAGCCACAUGGGUCAGAGUGUUGAAUAGUUUGAGAGAUGAAGGGUUGCAUGUGAGUGGAAGCUUCUCUUCCGGUGUAUCGAAAAGUGCUUUGAGAGAGAGGUUUAAAGCUUUUAAUACAAUGUUUGAAGAGGUUCAUAGGGUUCAGUCGACAUGGUCGGUUCCAGAUGCUCAGCUUAGAGAAGAGCUAAGGAUAUCUUUGUCGGAGCAUUUGAUCCCGGCUUAUAGAUCGUUUCUUGGAAGGUUCAGGGGACAUAUAGAGAGUGGGAGACAUCCAGAGAACUACUUGAAGUACUCUGUUGAGAACCUUGAAACCGCAGUGUUGGAUUUCUUUGAAGGAUAUACCACGGCUCCACAUUUGAGACGGUCUCAGUGAAGUGAAGAGAAGGCGGUAUCAUAUUCUUUUACUCUUCGACUCGCUUGUACUUGUAAUCAUAUAUUUGUUGAGUGUGUUGUUUGUUUUGUUACCAAAAUUUCAAUACUCCAUUUGUUGAUAAAUGUUUGCGUUUUUGCAUCUUUGUGACCCUUAUGUGUGCUUACGUUUCUUUAGAAACACUUCUAAAUACAUUUUUAUUUUUAUUAUGGACAAAUCAAC